AUGAAUCGAAAUAUACCGAUUGGGAAUAAAAUCUGUGCCACAAAGGAAAUAUUUUAAAACUAGGUAAUAUUGAAUCAACAUCUCUUAACUAUGAGACCAUAGAUUAAUACAAGUGCUCCAAAAUAAUAUGACUUUCUUAAGAAUAAGAAAAUUAAGGAGGCUAUCAAAUCAUAAAAGCAAUAGGAAAUUGAAAGGGAAAAUCAAAAUCUCGUUUCCAAAAUAAACAAUAUUGUCAAACAAUCACAGAGUAAUUUAUUUAUCUUAUUUUAUGUUCGCAGAUAGCUCAAUUUCUACUCUUCCAAUCAACAAAUCUAGUACAUUGAAUUUCGUUCCCAAAAAGUCUCUAAAUAAAGAUCAUAGGAAAAAGGAAUUGAUUAACAUUGUUAUGGAAAAUUAGCAGUUAUUGAAGAGAAUAUAAGACUAAAAGUCGCAGUACAACGUUAAAGAUUGGAAUGAAGAAAGAAAAUGGGUUGAACAACACAUUGCCAACAUAUCAGAGUACCCUUAUAAGAAUUUCAAACCUACUAAGACUUUAGUUCAAUAUUGGACCAACUCCAGAGUUAGUGAGUCAUAAUUAUAGAGUAUAUUUUUUAAAUAUUAUAUCUUAGAGAGAGAAAAUUGUAUAAGCAAAAAAUUGGAUCCUCUGGGUGAAAGCAAAAGUCAAUAAACAAAGUACUGAGUAUUAUAUAUUCAUUAAGAAAAAGAACAAGAUAGGACAAUAAUAUAGAAUCUAGAUAACUCUUAUUUCAUUAAGACUUUUAAUAUAGGUAGAGCUUAUUUGAAUCUGAUUUUUAACCUUAUGAGCCAUACGAAGAUAAAGUUACCAAAAUUGUUAAUGAAUUGAUCGAAAAACCCUAGAAUUCCCAAGAAAAAGUAGAAAACAAAGAACAAACCAACGAAUAAUAAGAAAUUUCUCUUUAAGAACAGGGUGAAUAGAUUUAGUAGGAAAAUAUCGAAUCAAGUUAGUAAAAGAAUGAAUAAAUGGAAAAUAAAUAAUAAGAACAACUCAAUUAAGAGACAAUUAAUAAGGAUCACAGUCAAAAUUUAUAAUAAAAUUCUCAAAGGAAAUCAAUCGAUGAAACAAAUUAAUAAGAAAAUCAACCUCUCAAUUAAUUUCAUUAAAAUAAUCAAGAAAUUUAAACAAUAGAUUUUGAACAAUAGAAUGAUGAAAGAAAAGAUUAAUAGGAUGUUUAGGAGAUUUAGGAAUGA